GUUUUACCUUUUGAUCUUCUUUGUGCUGUCGUUCAAUCUCUGGCUACAUAGCUCCCCACUAUUUCAGCUCGAGGUAACACGAUAACAACAACAAAAAACCCUAGCGGCGGAGAGGGAAAGCGAAGAACAGUUCGAAAAAGUAGUAAAGAAGAACUCUAAAAGCGUAGAGAAGUUGAAGAAAUAGAUCGAGAGAGUUUGUACUCGGAGAAUACCGCGAAGGUGAACAGUUGUGUAAAAAAAAGCCGAUCACGUAUUACUGACGCACCCCUGUCGCUGUGUGCGCGUGCGUGCGUGUGUGUGUGUGUGUGUGUACGUGGGCGUUCCCAAUAAACGAGCGACUUCUCGCCCAGCCAUCUCCAUCCUUCCCUCGUACUCUCGAUUACUGUUCAUUCUCUUGUCUGACUUGCAGAGUGUGUUGUUUUCUUUAUCUAGUGAAAGAUAACACUCCACUCAACAGUAGAUUAAGACUAGCGCAGUCGAACGCAGUUCCCCGUGAGAGACACAAGCACCCCCCAAAAAACAAAAUACCAUUUCGCUUCGGCAUAUACAUCAUCGUACACCGUCUGUGUUGAUUUUGUUUCUGCUUCGCUGCCCUUUCAACGCUGCUCUUAUUACUCCUGCAUUUUCAUUGUUUUAUUUUUGCUUUCUUUUCUGCCGUGUUUUUGUUGUUGUUGCUGUGCCACGCUGUUAUUAUUACCCGUUCAUUUUUUUCCCUUCUUCUCUCCUUAUUUGUCAUCGUGACGCACCCCCCUCCUUGCCCUCGCAGCGAUUUACGGCCUCACCUGCCCCUGACGCUUUUCUUUUCGGCUCCCCACGGAAAGGAAGGAGCAACACCGGCAGCGUCGUCGCACAGCAGGCGUGGGACCCCUUCAUUCUUUUUUUUUUCUUUCUUUCUACGUUUUCCUUCUUUCAUCUACCACAUUCUCUUUUCGUCUUGUCCCCGCUUUACCGUAGUGCAAGAUGUCCAUUCAGGAAGUUCCCGACAGCAACAAGCUGUUCGCCGAUGCGGUGUUCGAUCGGAACAACUCCCACAUUUCUCAGGAGUGGAAGCGCAUCAAGGACAUCUACCCGAGCGGGGUCAACCAGCCGCUGCUGCCUGAGACCUUCUCGCGCGAACAGUUCGGUCAGGGUAACCACUAUGAGUGCUUCAUGCUCUCGGCGUUGUCGACGCUGAUCCGUUUCCCCGAUGUGAUUCGUAGCUGCUUUGUGUCGAAGAAGGUGCGCGAGGACGGCCGCUACACCUUCCAGUUCUUCCGCGGCGAGGAGUGGGUAAAGGUGGAAAUCGAUGACAAAAUCGCGAUGGAGGAAGGCGAGGUGCUCUACUGCCGCUCCCCCACGGAGCACUGGUGGCCGUUGCUGCUGGAGAAGGCCUACGCGAAGUUCUACACCGCCUACGAUCACCUUGAAGGCUGCACGCUACAAGAAACUUUCCAUGAUUUGACCGGCAACCCGGUUCUCAACAUCCCCAUGGACGCGAAGCUGGCCAAGGCAGCAGGCGCGGAGGUGACGGAGGGCUUCUACUGGCUGGACCUCGCCCAGCGCAUCCAGUCUGGACAGUUCGUCGCCUCUGUGCUCACCAAGGAUAUAGAGUUGGAGAACAUGGGCCUGCAGCGGGAGCAGCAGUACGGCGUGCUGGAGAUCUUCUCGCUGACCGGCACGUCCUCCAUCAACGACAUUGUGAUCCACCUGCACAACCCCUUCGAGGACGAGGAGUACGUGUACAAGGGCCCACUCAACUCCAAAGACACCACCUGGGACGCGAAGCAGCGCGCGAAGCACGAUGUCGACGACGAGCGGUCCAUCUUCCUGCCGCUCAACACCUUUCUAAAGAUCAUGAAUUCGAUUCAACUGUGCUACAUGACCCCGGUAGAGGUAGACGCGACGUACUUUCACGAUGAGUGGAAGGGCGAGAGCGCAGGCGGCAACCCCACCUUCGUCACGUGGCGCAAGAACCCAUUGUACUACGUGCGCAACACCGGCAGCACCGCUUCGGAGAUUGUGGUGGUGAUCAAGCAGGAGGACCAGCGUCGUUUCACGUCCCCAGAUGAAAUGACGAAGUACCUCCAGUGCGGUAUGGUGUUGAUCAAUUACUCAUACGCCAACCCCAUCCCCACCUUCUGGGUCACCGGCAACAACCACAAGCCCAUUCACAAGAGUCUCUUCCUCAACUCGCGUGAGGUGGCGAAUUCCAUGACGAUUCCCCCCAACUCGUUGUGCUACCUCGUCCCCUCGUGCAUGCUGAAGGGUGCCGAGGGUGGCUUCUCCGUUGCGCUGUACCGCAUGAAGGGCGCGGAUUACAGCGACCUGACGAUCAAGAAACUGGCGGUGCCCGGCAUUGCGUGGGCGAACCCCGCCACCAAGAACGUGGAACUGCACCAGAAGGAGAAGGACCGCGUCGACUUCUACGUCGACGAGGCCAGCGAUGUGCACGUGCUCCUGCACCAGCAGAAGCCCUUCGUCAGCAAAUCUGGCGGUGACGCCAUGACGGAGGACUACAUGGGCAUGUACCUCUACGACGACACGGACCGCAAGAUCGGCGGUGUGCACGCCGCCACGAACUUUCGCGAGAUCAGCAUCAUCCACCACCUUCCCCGCAGUGGUCGGUAUGCCCUCUCGCUGACCUGUCCGCGUGCCAAGGGCGACGUGCCGGCGUACGUGACGAUCGUCGCCACUCCCGCCUCGCACGUCCGCAUCGUUGACCCACCGGAGGACGCCACCAUGUUCGACGACGAGGACCUCAUCGACGAGGGCGACGAAGCGGACCAGGAGCGCAACCCCAUCGACUACGUCCCCUUUAUCUUUGACACUGCGCGCCACACGGAGCCUGCCGACAGCGCCUCCCCGUUCGAGGACAAGCGCUUCUUCACCGACAACCGCGGCGUCACGACGGAGCCGUGGGUGCACAUCGGCGACCUCUACCCCGAAGGCAAGACGAAGCCGCUGCUGCCGGAUGUGCUGAACCACGGCCAGUUUGAGCAGGGCGACCACUACGACUGCAGCGCGCUAACCGGCUUUGCCGCGCUAGCUGAGCGGAACGCCGACGUAAUUCGCAACUGCUUCAUCUCGAAGCAGCCGCGCAAGGACGGCCGCUACACCUUCCAGUUCCACCGCUACGGCCAGUGGGUGAAGGUGGAGAUCGACGACCGCAUUCCGAUGAUCAAGGGUGACACCGUGUUCUGCCGCUCCCCGACGCACCACUGGUGGCCGCUGCUGCUGGAGAAGGCCUAUGCGAAGUUCUACACCCUCUACCAAAACCUCGAGGGCAUCUCUCAAGGCGAGGUUUUUCACGACUUUUCGGGUCGUCCCGUUCUCUUUAUCCCCAUGGAGGCGGAGAAGGCCAGAACCGUGGACUACGACAUCGGCAGCGCGCAGUUCUGGCGUACCCUGAAUCGUGACCUGGAGCAAACCGCCGUCGCUGCCCUAGCGCUUGGCGAGCAGGCGGAGCAGUACGGCCUGCACCACGAGGACAGCUACGCCCUGCUGGGCCUCUUAGAGACCCGCAACGCCGUCGACCUGGAGCCGGCGGAUAUUUUGGUGAAGUUCUACAACCCCUUCGAGGACUCCCCCUACCGCGGCCCGAUGCACAAGGACGACCCCCGCUGGACGGCGGAGAUGCGCUCUAUCUGCAACCCGGCGCAGCGCAACAUCUUCUACGUCCCCGCCGACGUCUUCCUCGAUGUCUUCGCGAACAUUCAGCAGGCGUGGGUGAAAGGCCCGCUGGACCCGUGCCGCAACUUUAACAGUGAGUGGGGCGAGAGCACGGCUGGCGGCAACCCGUCGCUUGUCACGUGGCGCGACAACCCGCUCUACACCGUGCGCAACGACAGCGAGGACCCUGUGCAGAUCAUCGGCAUGAUCCGGCAGCCCGACCAGCGCCAUCUGUUGCACCGCCAGACGAACCACGAGGUGAACUACGUCCAGUGUGCCUUGGUGGUGACGCAGAGCACCAGCGCGGAGCGUAUCCCCACCUACCUCGUCACGGGCAACAACCAUCGCCGUCUCCGUUCUGGCUUGUAUCUGCACAACCGCGAGGUGACCGACGUCAUCACGAUCCCGCCGAACUCGUUGUGUUACGUGGUGCCGACUGGGAUGCAGCGCGACAAGAGCAAAUUCAUCUUCUCCUACUGGUUCCUCCGUAACGGUGAUGAGAAGAAGGUGGACAUCCGCCGCCUCAACAUCGAUGUGGCGCGCCAGCUGCCUGCCAUCGCGCACGUCGACCUCAAGAACAAGGGACACGGUCGCGUGGACUUUGUCGUGGAUGUGCCCACCGACGUGCACAUUCUGUUGAAGCAGGAGAAGCCGUUUAAGCACCAAAGCGGCGGUGACGCGAUUGCGCAGGACUUUGUCUCUAUGUAUUUGUACGACGGCAACGACAAGCGCAUUAGCCCCAGCGCGCAGGCCACCAACAACCGCGAGAUUGGCCUUGUGCAACACCUCGACAAGCCGGGCCGCUACGCUCUGGGCGUGAACUGCACUGCGGGUGUGGGUGAGGUGCCGUGCAAGGUCGAGGUGGUCGCGGUGGAGCGGGCGCAGGUGCGCAUCACCGAGGCCCCCGAGAACGCGCGCGAGCUGGGCGAGGUGGAUUUGUCCUUCCUUGACCAGGAGCCCGAGGGCGUGCCGCUUGCCGACGUUCCGCUCGACACCGAUCCGAAGUUCCAAGAGCAGCUCGACGCACUGAAGCGGCUGCACAACAACCCCGAGGGCAAGGAGGACUCCAUUCUCGCACUGGAAAAGCAGAUGAACGACCGCGCGCACGAGCUGGCCAAGGCGGUGCUUGCAAAGGAACGGCCGAAGUACCUGAGCGGCAACGACCUCAGCAAGCUGGCCCCGCUACUCGACGAGGACCCCGAGUACACGAACGCGGAGCGCAUGCGCCACCUCCUGAAGGGCGACCCCCGCAACGCGGCCAAGGUGCGCGAGAUUGAAGGCGACCUGCGUGAGCGGGCGGCAGCUCUGGCCGAUGCGACGUCCGGUGUGGACCUCAACUUCAUGGACCCCGAGUACGAGGGCAUUCCGCGUGACGACAUCGAACUGCUGAACGAUCCGACCUUUGCGGAGAUGGCGCAGACGCGGGCAAACCUGCUGCGCAACCCCGCCGCUAACGCCCGCAAGAUCGACGAUGUGGAGGACCAGAUGCACGAGCGUGCUGCGGAUCUGGCUAAGGCGAUGCACGAGAAGGAGCGUACCUACCUCGAUCGAGAGCCAGAGGGCGUGCCGCUGGACCUGCUCCCACUGAACGAGGAUGAGCCGUUCAGCAAGAUGGAAGAUGAGCUGCGCGCGCUGAAUCGCAAACCGAAGAAGGAUAUGAAGGCCAUCAAAGACCUGCAGAAGGCCCUCAACGACCGUGCGCACGAGCUGGCCGCCAAGUUGAAGCACGACGAGCGUGAGCUCUUCCUCGACCCUCAGCCGUACGGCAUCCCGGUCGCGGAACUGCCCCUGGACACGGACGCCGUCUUCCACCCAAAGGAGAUCGAUCGUCUGCAGCUGCGCAAGGAGGACCCGCUCGGCAACCGCGACGAUAUCCGCGGCCUGGAGGACGAGCUGAACGACCGCGCGCGUGAGCUGGCAAAGAACCAGCAGGCGAACCAGCGCUCCUUCCUCGAGCCGGACCCCUAUGGCGUCCCGCUGGAGAAGCUGGGCCUCGAUUGCAACGACGAAUUCCUCAAGAAGGAGGAGGAACUGCGGGCGCUGCAGAAGGACCCGCGCAAGAACGCCAAGGCAAUCGAGGACCUGAAGGACGACAUGCGUGCGUUGGCGGACCGCCUGGCUGCUGCAGAGGCCGCACGUGACCGUAACUUCCUUGACCCCGAGCCGGAAGGCCGUCUCGUGCAGACGCUGCCCCUGCUGGAGAAUCCCGAGUUCAAAGACCUCGACACGAAGCGCCGCCGUACACUCAACCGCGGCGGUGAUGCCAGCAAGGUGCCGGACAUGGAGGAGCGCCUGAAUGACAUCGCCCACGAGGUCGCGCACGGCAUGAACGUGGCGGAACGCCCGGACUACAUGGACGCCACGUACAAGGGCAUCCCGGCGGAGGACCUGCCGCUAGACCAGGAUCAGCCGUUUCAUGCGGGGGAGGUGAAGCGGCAGCAGUUGAAGCAGGACCCACGUCGCAACGCCCGCGGCAUCGCGGACGCUGAGCAGGGCCUCAACGACCGCGCCAUGGAGCUCGCCGAGGAGAAGCUGAAGGGUGACCGCAACUACCUCGACCCCGAGCCCGAAGGGGUGCCGCUCCGCCUCGUGCCGCUGGACAAGGAUGCAACGUUCGCGGCGAUGGAGGCGCAGCGGGCGAAGCUGAAGAAGGACCCGCGCAAGAAUGCCAAGGCGAUCGCCGACCUCGAGGGGCAGCUGAACGAUCGCGCGCACGAGCUGGCCAAAGAGCUGAAGGAGAAGGAGCGUCCGAAGUUCCUCGACGCGAAGUUCAACGGCAUCCCGUACGCGGAACUCCCCCUCAACUCCGACCAGCCCUUCCGUGACAUGGAGGUGCAGCGGCUCUUGCUGAAGGAGCAGCCCCAGAAGAACGCGACGGCCAUCCAGGACCUCGAGGAGGCCCUCAACGACCGUGCCGGAGAGCUGGCGAAGGAGCAGCUGGCGCAGGACCGCGCUUUCCUCGACCAGUGCCCGCUCGGCGUACCGCUGGAGGAGCUGCCGCUGGACAGCACGCCGGCCUUUGUCGCCAAGGAGGAGAAGCUGCGCGCGCUGCGGAGGGACCCGCGGCGCAACGCGGCUGCCAUCGACGCCCUCCAGAAGGAGAUGAACGAGAUGGUGCACGCGCUGGCGGCCGAGGAGCUGGGCAAGAUGCGCGGCUUCCUCGACCCUGAGCCGGAGGGUCGCCUGCUCGACAACCUGCCGCUCAACGAGGACCCGACCUUCCACAAACUCGAGACGCGCUACCGCGAUCUCAAGAAAAGCCCGAAGGCGAAUCCGCAGGAGGUGGCGGACCUGGAGGAGCUGAUGAAUGACCGCGCGCACGAGCUGGCGAAGGACAUGAACCGCAAGGAGCGCCCCAACUUCAUGAGCCCCGCGCCGAAGGGCGUCCCGCUGUCGGAGCUGCCGCUCGACACGGAUGAGGAGUUCAGCAACCUGGAGGCACAGCGUGCGCGCCUGAUGCGUCAGCCGGCCAAGAACCGCAAGGCGAUCGUGGACAUCGAGGACGCCCUCAACCUCCGCGCCGAAGAGCUGGCGCAGGAGAAGAUUCAGGCCGACCGCGCCUUUAUGGAGGAGGCGCCGCAGAACGUGCCGCUCAAGUACAUCCCGCUCGACAAGGAUAAGGAUUUCGCCAAGAUGGAGGCGCAGCGGACGGCGUUGCGCGCCAACAACCAGAGCACGCGCGGCGUUGACCCGAAGAUUCGCGAGCUGGAGUCGGCGAUGAACGAACACGCGAACGAGAUGGCCAAGGCGAUGAAGCAGCAGGUGCGCUCCAACGUGCUGCCGACGCGCGUCGGCGGCAUCGCACGCGAGGCGCUGCAGCUCGACGACGAUGUCCCGUUUGCCGAUUUGGAGGUGGCGCACAUCGCCGCCACAGGCGACGGCGAGCCGGAGAAGGCGCGCGAUUUGGGCGACGCGAUGCAGAAGCGCGCCGUCGACGUGGCGGCGAAGAUGCGCGGCGAGGAACGGGCGAUCCUGGGCCACCCGCUCGGGUUCUCACCGGAGGACCUCCCUCUCGACCGGAGCCCCGAGUACCUCAAGAAGGAGGCGGAGGUGCUCGAGCAGCGCGCCGACCCGAAGCGCAACGCUGCGGUUAUCAAGGCUGGCGAGGAUGUGCUGCGGGACAUGGCGCUCGAGAUGGCGAAGCAACAGGCCGCGGAGGAGCGAAAGGACUACAUCGACCCGGAGCUGGAGGGCCGCAAGCAGAGCGACCUAGGCCUGGACGACGACCCGACCUUCCUCGGCAUCGAGGAGCAGUACCGCAAGUCCAAAAAGGACCCUUACGCGGACGACGAUCGCCUGCACGACUUGGAGCAGAUGAUGAACGAUCGCGCGCACGAUCUCGCUAAGGCGAAGAACGCGGAGGACCGCACCAAAUACAUGGACCAGUCCCCGCGCAACGUGCCGCUUUCGGAGCUGCCACUCGACACAGAUGACGAGUUCGGCCGCUUGGAAGCACAGCGGGCGAAGCUGUGCCAGGACCCGCGCCGCAACGCGCAGGCCAUCAAGCAGACUGAGGACGCCCUCAACGACCGCGCUGACGAGCUGGCCGCUGAGGCGCUCAAGAACGACCGCAUCUUCCUCGAUGACGAGCCGGAGGGCGUCGCGCAGCGUCACCUGCCGCUGGACGAGGACCCAACCUUCCGCAGCCUGGAGAUGAAGCGCGCCGCAUUGAAGAGCGCGCCGUCGCGGGACGGCGACGCCAUCCGUGCCGUGGAGGAGCAGAUGAACCAACACCUGCACGACAUGGCCAGGGAGGUGAAGCAAAACAACCGUCGUGAUAUGGACCCCGACCCGCUUGGCAUCCCGCUGGAGGAUUUGGAUCCCUACCUCGAUGAGGAUCAGCACUUCCACGAGCUAGAGGAGAUGUACCGCGACGCGAAGCAGAACCCGGCCAAGGCGAAGGCGGCGCAGCAGCUGCUGGAUCAGAUGAACGAGCGCGCGAAGGAGGUUGCGCAGGCGGUGCACGACAUGGAGCGUCGCCCGCUGAACCCUGACCCGAGUGGCAUCCCGCUCGAGACGCUGCCGCUGAACGACGACGCGGAGUUCAACGCACUGGAAAACGAGGCCCGCGCACUGCGCAACGAGCCGAACGGCGAGAAGAAGAACGCCAACCGCCUCGGCGAGAUUGAGGAUGGACUGAACGCCCGCGCUGCUGAACUGGCGGACGAGGCACGUAAGCGGUACGUCGACAAGGCGCCGGAGGGCAUCCCGAUGGAGCUGCUGAACCUCGGCGACGAUCCGGCCUUCACGGAUGCGGAGACGCAGCUGCGCCGUCUUGAGCGCAACCCCGUCGCCAACCGCAAGGGCAUCAAGGACAUGAAGGACGACCUGAACAUGAUGGCGCACGAGAAGGCCAAGAAGAUGUUGCAGCAGGACCGCGGCUACCUCGACCCGGAGCCGGAGGACGUGGAGCUGCGCCACGUCCCGCUCGACACCGACUCGACCUUCCGCGACAUCGAGGCGCAGCGCGCAGCGCUCAAGGCGAAGGACCCGCGUGGCAACGCGAAGGCGAUCGCAGCGCUCGAGCAGCAGUUGAAUGACCGCGCGCACCAGCUGGCCAAAGAAGUGAAAGACAACGAAGUCCGCGCUCUCGAACCCGACCCGCUUGGCGUGCCGUACAACGCUAUCGUUCCGCACCACGACGACCAAUUCAAGGAGCUGGCCACUCAGCUGCGUGAGCUGAAGCAAGACCCGAAGCGCAACGCGCAAGGCAUCCGCGAGGUAAAGGAGAAGAUGAACGAGCGCGGCGUGGAGCUGGCGGAGGGCAUGCUGAAGAACGACCGCGGCUACCUGGAGCCGGAGCCGGAGGGGGUGCCGCUUACGUACCUCCCGCUGGACACGGAUCCGCAGUUCAACCGUAUGGAGGUGGAGCGUGCGAAGCUGAAGGCACGUGACCCGGUCAAGAACGCAAAGAAGAUCGAGGGCCUUGAGGACCAGCUGAACGACCGCGCGAGGCAACUUGCAGAGGCGCAGCAGCAGGAAGACCUGCGCGGACUUGACCCCAAGCCGGAGGGUAUCCCGCUCUCGGUGCUCGACCCCCACUCGGACAAGCAAUUCUCCUCUUACCUGCCUCAACUGCGCGCCAUGAAGGCCGAUCCAAGGACGACGACGCCGCAGCUGCAGGAGGUGCUGGCCGCCAUGAACGACCGCGCGCACCAGCUGGCGAACGAGAAGCUGCGUGGCGACCGCCCGUCCUACCUGGAGGGGGAGCCGAAGGGCGUGCCGCUUGAGCUGCUGCCGCUGGACGCGGACCAGCAGUUCCACGACUUGGAAGUUCAGCGCGCUGUUCUGAAGGAGCAGGAUCCGCGCCGCAAUGCCGCUAAGAUCAAAGACCUCGAAGACCGCCUGCGCGACCGCGCGAACGAACUGGCGGAUCAGCAGCGUAUGAAGGACAUCGAAAACCUGGAUCAGGCCCCCGAGGGCAUUCCGAUCGCGCUGUUGAACGUGCACGAUGACCCUCGGUUUGCGCAGAUGGUGGACCAGCACCGUGAGUUGGCGAAGGAGCCGAUGAAGAACGACGCCAAGCUGGCGGCACUGGAGGAGCAAAUGAACGACCGCGCGCACCAGCUGGCCAAGGACUUGCUGUCCAAGGACAACGCCUACCUUGACCGGACCCCGCAAGGUGUGCCGAUUGAGGAGCUGCCGCUCGACACCGACCCGGAGUUCCGCAAGCUGGAGGUCCAGCGCGCCGUUCUGAAGCAGCAGGACCCGCGCCGCAAUGCCGCCAAGAUUAAGGACCUCGAAGAGCAGCUGAACAACCGCGCCCACGAAUUGGCCCGUGCGCAGCUCGCCGAGGACUUGCGUGGCGUCGAGGCGGCUCCGCGCGACUUGCCUGUGGAGCUGCUGAACCCGCACGCCGAUCCGAAGUUUGCCGAGGCGGUGCAGCGCGUGCGCGAGGCGAAGAAGGACCCGAAGGCAAAGGCGGAUGUCCAGGCGGUGCUCGACGAGAUGAACAACCGCGUGCGUUCGCUGGCCGACCAGGUAAUGGACCGCGACUACCUUGACCGUGAUCCGGAGGGCGUGCCGAUCGCGGAACUGCCACUGGACACCGACCCCGACUUCCACACGAUGGAGGUGGAGCGGGCGAAGCUGAAGCUGAAGGACCCGAAGCGCAACGCCCGCGCCAUCAAGGACCUGGAGCAGCGUCUCAACGACCGCGCCCACGAGCUGGCGAAGAAGCAGCUCGACGACGACCUUUCCGGGUGCGACGCCGAGCCGGAAGGCAUCCCGCUGGCGCUGCUGAAGCCGACGGAGGAUCCGCAGAUUUCCAGCAUGAUCCCGCAGCUCCGCGAGCUGAAGAAAAGCCCGAAGAAGAACGCCGACGCCAUUCAGGACCUGGAGAACCGGAUGAACAACCGUGCCUACGAACUGGCGGACGCGCUGCUGGAGGGCGACCGCGGCUACCUGGACCCGAAGCCGGAGGGCGUGAAACUGGAGUACCUGCCGCUAGACAAGGACCCCGAGUUUGCAGAGAUGGAGGUGGAGCGCGCGAAGCUGAAGGCGCAGAACCCGCGCCGCAACCCGCGCCGCAUCGCCGACCUGGAGGAUAGGCUGAGCGAUCGCGCCGCGGAGUUGGCGGAGGCAAAGAAGGCCGACGAACUGUCGCACUUCCCGCCGCAGUACGAGGGCAUCGACACGGCCGCCAUGAAGCCGCACGACGACCCCAAGUUUGCCGCGCUGGCGGAGCAGCUGCGCGCGCUUGAGAAGGCUGGCAAGGCCAACUCGCCUGAGAUGCAAAGGACACUGAACGACAUGGACGCCCGCUUGACUGAGCUGGCGAAGGAGAAGGUGCAGGGUGAUCUAUGGUUUUUGGACAAGGAGCCGGAGGGCAUCCCGUUGGAGGACGUCGGCGUAGAGGCCGAUCCGCAGUUCAACAAGCUGCGCCAGGAGCGGGCGAGUCUCAAGGCAAAGGACCCGCUGCGCAACGCGGACAAGAUCAAGGAAUUGGAGGAGCAGAUGAACGAUCGUGCGCACGACAUGGCGAAGGACAUCCUCGCCAGCGACUUCGACGGCGUCGACCCGAACCCAAUGGGCAUCCCGCUGGAGCUGCUGAAGCCGCGCGAGGGCCCGCAGGUGGCGAAGAUCCUUCCGGAGCUGCGCCGCGCCAAGAGGAACCCGCGCGACGCGCAGAAGGCGAGGGACCUGCAGCAGCAACUAGACGACCGCGUGAAGGAGCUGGCCAACGACGCAUUGAGGGCGGCGCGGCCAGCGUACCUGGAUCGCGACCCCGAAGGCGUGCUGCUGUCGGAUCUCCCGCUCGACACGGACGGCAUCUACAACGGUCUCGAGGUGGAGCGCGCGAAGCUGGUGCUGGCGGAGCCGGUCAAGAACGCGAAGCAGAUCGAGGACCUGGAGGAGCGGUUGAACGAGCGCGCACACGAGCUGGCGCAGCAGGUGCUGGAGGACGACCUGCGGAACAUCGACCGUGAGCCGCAGGGUAUCCCGAUCGACGCCGUCAAGCCGCACAACAACGCCGACUUCCACAAACUGGCGACGCAGGCGCGUGAGCUCCGCAAGGACCCGCGCCGCAACGCCGACAAGCUGUCCAACGUCGAAGGGCAGAUGAACGAGCUGGCGAACCAGAUGGCGGCUGAGAUGCUGGACAACGAUCGCAAGUACCUCGACCCUGAGCCGGAGGGGGUGCCGGUGGCGGAGCUGCCGCUCAACGAGGACCCGGAGUUCCACGAGAUGGAGGUGCAGCGCGCCGUUCUGAUCGCGCAGGAUCCGAUGAAGAACAAGCAGGCCAUCGCCGACCUAGAGGACAAGCUCAACGACCGCGCACAUGAGCUGGCCGAGGAGCAGAAGAAGGAGGACCUGAGAGGGCUGAACAGCUCUCCGCUCGGCGUGCCGGUGGCGCUGCUGAACCCGCACGAGGACCCGCACUUCACGGCGAAGCUGCCAGAGCUGCGUGCGGAAAAGAAGGACUCCUCCGCACGUGGCCAGGCCCGUCUGAACGAGACGCAGGGUAAGCUGGACGACGUUCUCGACGCCCUCGCCGCGGAAUAUCUGGAGAAGGAUCGCGCCUCGUACUUGGACCCUAAUCCUGAAGGCAUCCCCAUUGCAGCGCUUCCGCUGGACAACGACCCGGAGUUCCACCAACUGGAAACGGAGCGCCUUGACCUGAUCAACAAAAACGCACGCGCGAACAAGGACGCCAUCCGCGAUCUCGAGGACGCGCUGAACGAGCGCGCGCACGAGCUGGCCCGUCAACAACGCAAGGGUGACCGCGGCUACCUGGACCCCGAACCGGAGGGCAUCCCGCUCGAUGUGCUGCCCCUCGACACAGACCGCCAGUUCACCGAUCUGGAGGCCAGGCGCGCCGCGUUGAAGGCGCAGGACCCCAACAAGAACGCCGCCGCCAUUCACGACCUCGAGGAUCAGCUGAACGACCGCGCACAUCAGCUGGCGGAGGACCAGAUCGAGGAGGAUCUGCGCGCUGUGUCGCCAACGCCUGAGGACAUCCCGGUGCGCAUGCUGAACCCGCACCAGGAUCCCGAGUUUGCGCGGAUGGUGAACGCGCUGCGCGCGCUGAAGGCGGACCCCUCGGCGGACCCCAAGAAGAUUUCCGACCUGGAGCAGGACAUGAACGACCGCGUGCACGAGCUGGCGAACGACGUGCUUUCCGGCGACCGCCCGACCUAUCUCGAUCCCAAACCGGAGGGCAUUUCAGUGGAGACGCUACCGCUGGACUCGGACCCCCUGUACCAUCAGCUGGAGGUGGAGCGUGCUAAGCUGGUCCUGCAGGACCCGAAGAAGAAGCAGGCGAAGAUCGCGGAGCUGGAGGAGCGCCUCAACGACCGCGCUCACGAACUGGCGAAGGAGCAGCGGGCGCGCGAUCUGGCCGACCUGAAGGAUGCGCCGCGCGGCAUUCCGGUGGAGCUGCUGAAGCCGCACGACGACGACACCUUCGCGAACCUCGCCGCGCAGCGCCGUGACCCCAACAGUGCGGCGAACAAGUCGCGUGAUAUCGGCGGCGCCAACAAAGACCCAACACGCGAUAUACUCAACGAGCGCCUGGACGAGAUGGCGCGGCAGAUGCUGGAGGGUGACCGCGACUACCUCGACGCGAACCCGGAGGGGGUGCCGCUGCGCGUUCUUCCGCUCAACGACGACCCCCAGUUCCACGACAUGGAGGUGGAGCGUGCGAAGCUGAAGGCGAAGGACCCGCGCGGCAACGCGAAGGCGAUCCGCGACUUGGAGGACAAGCUGAACGACCGCGCGAACCAGCUGGCGAAGGACGCGCUGAGCGGCGAUCGGAACUACCUCGACCCCGAGCCGGAGGGUGUGCCGCUAUCGGCCCUGCCGCUGAAUAGCGAUCCCGCUUUCCACCAGCUAGAGGUGGAGCGUGCGAAGCUGAAGGCGCAGGACCCGAAGAAGAACGCGGACCGAAUUAACGCGCUGGAAGACCAGCUGAACCUGCGCGCCGACGAGCUAGCGCUGGCGCAGAAGAAGGAGGACCUGCGCAACCUGGACCCCAAGCCACGCGGCGUCGCGCUCGAGUCGCUGAACCCGCACGACGAUGAGGAGUUCGCCUCCUACCUGCCCGAGCUGCGCCGGCUGAAGAAGGAGCAGCCGAACCACCCCAAGACGCGCGAGAUUCAGGGCAAACUGGACAACCGCGCCGACGAGCUCGCCAAGGCGCAGAUCGCGCGCGACCGCGCCUUCCUCGACCCGGAGCCAGAGGGCAUUCCGCUGGCCCAACUCCCGCUGGACAACGACAAGACCUUCACGAACUUGGAGAAGCAGCUGCGCCAGGCCAAGCAAGACCCGAAGCGCAACGCCGACCGCAUCGCCGGCUUGCAGGAGGAGAUGAACGACCGCGCCCACGAGCUGGCGCGCGACUUGCUGCAGGGCGACCGCGGCUACCUCGACCCCGAGCCGGAGGGCGUGCCGAUCGCUGACGUCGGCAUCGACGUCGAUCCGAAGUUCCGCGAGCUGGAGGCGCAGCGGGCGAAGCUGAAGGAGGACCCGAAGAAGAACGCGGCGAAAAUCAAGGACCUGGAGCAAAAGCUGAACGACCGUGCGCACGAGUUGGCGAAGGCGGCGAAGGAGGCCGGCCGUGCCUUCCUCAACUCAACCUCCGCGCGCAUCCCGAAGGCGCUGCUGCCACUGGACGAGGACGCUCCAUUCCAGAAGAUGGAGCAGCAGCUUCGCCGUCUCAACCGUGAUCCUCGCCGCAAUGCCGGUGCGAUCGACAACCUGAAAGGCAUGAUGCAGGACCGCGCGGACGAGCUGGGCGGCGACAUGCUGCGCGGCGACCGCGACAAAUACCUCGACCCCAACCCCGAGGGCGUGCCACUGGAGCACCUCCCGCUCGACACGGAUCCGCAGUACAGCGAGGCGGAGCUGCAGCGGGCCAUCUUGAAGGCGCAGGACCCGAAGGCAAACGCGAAGAAGAUCAACGAGCUGGAGAAGGCCCUCAACGACCGCGCUCACGAGCUGGCGAAGGAGCAGCGGCAGAAGGACCGCAGCUUCCUGGACCCGGAGCCGGAAGGCAUCCCGAUCAAGGAUGUGCCGCUCGACAAGGACCCGAACUUCCUGCGUCUGGAGGACUACCUGCGCAAACUGAAGAAGGACCCGAAGCGCAACGCAGACGCAAUUGCGGACACGCAGCUCAAGAUGAAUGACCGCGCCCACGAGCUGGCCGCUGAGGUCGUGGCGGACGACCUCGCCUGUCUGCCAGUGCCUGCCUACCGCGGCAUCCCGAAGGAAGACCUCAACCUGCAUUCCUACCCCAAGUUCCGCAACGCCGCCAACCGCCGCCGCGACGCCAUCAGGCGCGGUGCCCGCACCCCAGAUGUGAAGGCGAUUGAGGAGGAGAUGGACAAGCUGGCGAAGGAGAUCGCAGACGACGUGAUCGCGGCAGAGCGCGCGUUCCUCGACAAGGAGCCGGGGGGCAUGGCGCUGGAGGAUAUCCCGCUCGACAACGACAAGGAGUUCGUCGCCCUCGAGGCGGAGCGCCGCCGCCGCGCCAAGGACCCCCGCGCGGCGAAGCGCAACAAGGACGUCAUCAAGGACCUGGAGGACAAGAUGAACGACCGUGCGCACGAGCUGGCGAGGGCGGAGUUCGCGAAGCAGCGCGGCUUCAUGGACCAGGAGCCAGAGGGCGUCCCGCUGGACCGUCUGGCACUCGACACGGAUCCGGAGUUCAAGGAUGCCGAAAUCGCGCACUACAAGGCGAAGAAGGACCCCAAGGCGGACCCGAAGAAGGUGGCGGCGCUCACGAAGCGCAUGAACGACCGCGCGCACGAGCUGGCCAAGAAGGAGAUGGCGAAGGACCGCGCCUUCCUCGACCCUGAGCCGGAGGGGGUACCGCUGGCGGACCUGCCGCUCAGCGAGGACCCCGAGUUCAACGAGCUGGCGAGGCAGCGUCAGGCGCUGAAGAACGCCGGCAAGGCCCGCGACCCGAAGGUGAAGGAGCUGGAGGAGAAGAUGAACGACCGCGCGCAUGCGAUUGCGAAGGACCAGCUCAGCAAGAAUCGCGCUUACCUGAAACCGGAGCCGCAGAACGUUCCCUUCUCCGACCUGCCGCUGAACCGCGACCCGCUCUUCCGCGAGAUGGAGGGCGAACUCAUGAAGGCGAAGAAGGACCCGCGCAGCAACGCGGACAAGAUUGCACAGUUGCAGGACGACCUCAACACCCGCGCAGACGACCUCGCCAAGGAGCUGCUCCAGAAGGAGCGUGCGGGCCAGGAGCAGGAGCCGAUGGGCGUGCCGCUGGAUGAGCUACCGCUGAACUACGACCCGAUUCUGAACCCGCUGGAGCGCAAGCGGCGCGACUUGAAGAAGGACCCACGGAAGAACGCGGAUGCGCUGCGCAACCUUGAGCCGGAGAUUGCCGCGCGCGUGAACGACAUCGCACGCGACUUUCUGGCGAAGGAGCGCGCAUUCCUUGACCAGGAGCCGGAGGGCGUUCCGCUGGAGCGCCUGCCGCUUGCAGACGACAAGGAGUUCCACGACAUGGAGAAGGAGCUGCGCGCGCUGAAGAAGCAGCCGGCGAAGAACAAGGACGCCAUCGAGGAUUUGGAGGAGCGGAUGAACGACCGCGUGCACGACCUUGCGAAGGACUUCCUCGCGAAGGAUCGCGAUUACCUCAACCCCGAGCCGGAAGGCGUGCCGGUGGCGGAGCUGCCGCUGAACGAGGACCCCACCUUCCACGACCUGGAGAACCAGCGCCGCGAGCUGAAGAAGAACCCGCGCAACAACGCCAAGGCCAUCAAGGACCUUGAGGACAAGCUGAACGACCGCGCCGAGCAGCUGGCGAAGGACAAGCUGGCGAAGGAGCGCGCCUUCCUCGAUCCCAAGCCGGAGGGCAUCCUACUCAAAGACCUCAACCUGGGCAAAGACAAGCCGUUCAAGGACCUGGAGAGGCAGCUGCGCGAUCUCCGGAAGGACCCGCGCAAGAACGCGGACGCGAUCAAGGACAUUGAGGCCGACAUGAACGACCGCGCGCGCACGCUGGCCAAGCGCCAGCUGGCCGACGACCGCAACUUCAUGAACCCGGAGCCGCGCGGUGUGCCGCUGGCCGACCUCGCGCUCGACGAGGACCCGGACUUCCGCGCGACGGAGCUAGCCCGCCGGGAGGCGAAGAAAGACCCGAAGGCGUCCGACAAGGUGCGCGACUUGGAGGAGCAGAUGAACAAGCACGCUGAUCGCGUCGCCAGCGACUUCCUCAAGAAGGACCGGGCCUACCUCGACCCGGAGCCGGAGGGUGUGCCGCUCGAGGAGCUGCCGCUGGACAGCGACCCGGACUUCCACGGCAUGGAGGUGGACCGCCGCAAGCUGAACAAGGACCCCGUGAAGAACGCGAAGACUGUAAAGGAUCUGGAGGCGCAGCUCAACGACCGGGCGCACGAGCUGGCGAAGGACAAGAAGGGCUACCAGGACCCCGAAUUUCACGACGCGAACGAGGACAUUGCGGAGCAAUGGCCGCGCAUCCGUGAGUUGUACCCGGAGGGCGUCUACGACCCGGUGACGCCGGACACGACGCUGCCGUCGGACGUCUCGUCGGCGCCGCAAGACAUGGGAUUUCUGGCACCGUUCAUCGCGGCUCUGGCCCGCCACACGGUGCUCAUCUCGCGCCUGUUCCAGGACAAGGCUCACCCGCAGCAGCAGCCCUACCGCAUCACCCUCUUCAACCCCGACAGCUCGCCAGUGACGGUCGAGAUCGAUGACCGCGUGCCGUGCGACGACAAGCGUGAGCCGAAGUUCACCCAGGUCCCGUCCCGCAUGUGGUACCCACUGCUGCUGGAAAAGGCCUACGCCAAGUUCGUGGGCGGCUACGAGAACUUUAACAACUGCAACGCCCACGACACGCUGCGCGACUUGACGGGCCGGCCGGUGCUGCACAUCUCCCUCGAGGACCCGAAGCACGCGGUGGCGACGAACAUGGGCGACUACACCACACCGGCCUUCUGGCGCCGCGUUAUCGAGGACCUUGAGCGCGGUGACGUCUUCGUGUGCGUGGCGAACGGCAGCGUGCCGAGCGGCCUGCACCCGCAGUGCAGCUACGCGCUGAUGGACGUCUUUGAGGUGAAGCCCGGCACGUCCGACUCGUCCGACAUCGUCGUGAAGGUGCACAACUGCUACAUGGAUGCGCCGUACUACAACGGCCCGCUGCGCAAGGGCGACAGCAACUGGACGGCCGACGUCAAACGCGCGUGCGACUACACGGCGGACGAGAACGACAUGAUCUACAUGCCGCUGCCCACCUUCCUGCAGAACUUCAGCUGCAUGCAGCGCUGCCACAUCAACUGCGGUGACCGUCUUAGCGCACCGGGGCAGUGGGACGACUUCACCGCAGGCGGCACGUCCAAGUACACGACCUUCCGCAGCAACCCGAUCUUCCUCGUGGCGAACACGACAUCGCGCCCGGCCACCAUCCUGGCGGAGGUGCGCCACACGAACCCGCUUUACGUGGACGAGACGAACUGCAAGCAGUACCCGUACACGGGGCUGACGCUGAUGCAGCCGAUCAACUCGAAGCUGCCGCCGACACCAUUCAUCACGAACGGGACGCACAAGUUUCUGCAGAAGGGCAUGAUGCUCGACUCGCGCGAGGUCUGUGCGGAAAUGGAACUGCCGCCGAGCUCAACCUGCUACCUCAUCCCAUACACGAAGGACCGCGGCACUAUGGGCGAGUUCCACGUUUCCAUCUACCCCGACAUGGCAAAGGUCACACUGACGCCGCUGCGCCACGCCGGCCUCACGCUGAAGCCGCUCCGCCACGCCGUUAGCCUGACGCCCGGUGACGAGGACGGCCAGCGUCUCGACUUUAUGGUGAACGACGCGAGCGACGUGCACAUCCUCCUCCACCAAACGAAAGUGUCGGACCCGAGCACCAUUCGCAAGGGCGACGCCGUCGCGGAAGACGCCGUGUUCAUGACGGUGUUCAACGAGUACGGCAUUAAGAUUGGCACGACGGGUGAGGCGAGCACCGCACGCGAGCACGCGCUGGUCUUCAAGGCGCCGCAGGGCGGGCGGUAUUCGUUGCUGCUGAACUGCACAGCGACCUCGACGAGCGGGCCAUGCACAGCCAACCUGGAGAUCUACACCCCGGCGGACGUCAGCGCCGACUUCGUCCCCGUCGCACCAGACGCGAAGCCGCUGAGUCUUCAGUCGCAGUCGCGCUUCCCGACGCUGUCACGCACGGCGACGGCACCGAGCGCGUCGCGUGCGGCGAGCCGCGGCAAGGACGUGCGCCGCACCGACUCCCUGCCGCCUGUAAAUCAGCGUUCUGUUAGCGGCCGUCGUGGUAGCCGUGAGGAGAGCGGUCGCCAUGGUAGCCGCGGUCGCCGUUAA